AUGCAAUGGACUAGCCAGCAGGAUAGAAGAAAUGGGGCUGUUAGGAUGGACGCAGAAAGGUCGUCAGUAACUCCGCACCAUGGCUCGUCUAAUGAUGUACAUCAAGAGAUUUCCACUAGACACCCCGCCACGUCUGCGCCGUCCGGCUCGGCCCCUCCAUAUCACCUACCCCCCAUCGGUAUGACUUGUCCCUCUCCACGCCCAAGUAUGAGCUCAUCUCGCAUGCCCCUCUUCCGAGCCAACACUGUUCACACUGUGACGCCUCGUGAUUAUUUUAAUCACUUUUACCACUAUAAAGACUACGCCUCGCCUAUAUCGUCCACACCGCGUGCUUCGACGAGCCACUUGCAUCGGAGUCUUUUGGAUAGUCCAGGAUCAUUUGCUCGUGACCACUGUGCUCGUUUCAGGUCCAAACCGAUUCGUUCGCAAACGUUGCCCACUUUUCAAGACUUGACAUCUCGGCGCGUGCAUCCUUACGCAUCUCAUGCCGAGCGUAAGGCGUGGGACGCAAGCAGGUCAAGAUUACCUCACAUGGAUGCAAGAGAUAAAUACGAGUCUCUUCAAAGUCCAACUAUGCAUUCAACACGCAUGGAAAACCGGGAAUGCGCUAUAAGCCCCACAGAAUAUGGUUUUAUGAAUAUGCGACACUAUUACCCAGAUAUGCGCUAUCCACAUGUACCUGGUCGUGUGUCUGCUUCACACACGGCAGGGGCCCACAGCCCCAAGGUCUUGGACCACUACUUGGAGGAUGAAUACUACCACAAUAAUGGUAAGCCAACUGGAUAUGUAUAUCCAAGCCCUAGGUAUCGACCUGUUCCCAAUUUGUCACGAUCGCACGAAAAGUUUCAUGGCUCUUAUGGCUCUCCGCAAAGACUGUACCAACAUCCUUCGAAGGACGAAGAUGAGUAUCCAACAUCGUAUGCUAUGGUUACUAUGCCUCAUUCCCACUGGUCUGAAGACGAUGCAUCAAGUUCAGAUAUGCUAGAGAAGCAAGAGUUCGAAAAGAUGACCAACACAAGGAGUACCCCGGCGCAGGCGCCACCCAAGCGCGGCGGUAAGUUGCCCAAACACAUCACCGAUACGCUUAAGGCAUGGCUUCUAGAGCAUGCGGAUCAUCCCUACCCCACAGAAGAUGAAAAGCGCGCAUUUUGCGAUUAUACAGGCCUGGACAUUUGCCAGAUCUCUAAUUGGUUUGUGAACGCGCGGCGCCGCAUUCUUGCACCCGCAGGAGCUCGCGCCACCAAUGCAACUGGAACAACGGCCACGAAUGCAGCGGCGCCCCCUGCAACGACUUGA